AUGGAAGCUGAGAGAAAGCUGUCGGUGGAGGCAGAGGCGAUAUUCAGAGAAGGCGUAGCAUUGGUUCUGUCUCGGUGGUCGGCGCUCCAAUUGGCCGUCGACAACGAGUGGGGCGGCCGUGACUCGCGCCGCAAAUCGGAGCAACUCGCCGCCGACGUCUUCUCCUGGUUCACUCAGUCUAAAGAGGUUCUUUACAUAGAUGACUUAGAAGAUAUUCUGAAUGAAGCUAUGCUUUCUCUUAAUACCGUGACAGAGGAUGGCAGCAUUGAGGAGGUAGCUGAAAAGUUAAUGUUUAUGAAUGAAGAAUGUUUGAAUGGUGAUUUCAAGUCUGUUGAAAGCCUAAGAGAAGCCAAUCAUCGAAGAGUUGCUCUUCCUCAUGUUAAACAGGUGAAUGACGAUGAUGAUGAUGAUGACGACAAUGAAAGAGAUGAUACCCUCGAGAAUGAUGGUCCGUCAAACAUGAUGGUGGACACACCAGAGUCCCAGUCAAAUUCAAAUCCAGUAGAUAUGACAGACAAUAAACCAACUCCCAAGCCGGCAGCUAAAACAGAAGAUGGAUGGGAAGUAGUUGGACCAAGGCGUAGUAAAGGUAAAAGGAAUUAG